AUGUCAGCACCUGCAGAACCCCCGCCAUCGUACGCCGCGGCCACAGGCUCCUCCACCACAUCGGCGCCACCUCAUGCAUCAUCACACCUUGAAGUGCCCAAAGCGAAGAAUGGAAUUCCAGCGCUUGCGCGACGCUCCAUGGAAGACCUCCAGCGACCUCUCCCCGACGGCUGGGUGCGGUCCUACGAUCCCAAAGAGAACCACCAAUUCUUCGUCAACACCAAGGAAGAUCCCCCGAAGUCGUACUGGGAACAUCCGCUCGACAUCCCCGAAGUCGUGCAGAAGCUGAGCACCGAAGAGCGCGAAAGAUUGCAGGAAGAAGAGGACCGGCUGAGAAAACAUCUCCCGCAUUCUGCAGACCAUUCCGAGGACGAAGCCCAUACAAGCAACCCGUCUCUUCCGCCACGGCCUGCGACCGGCAAAGCCGCUGACAAAAAAUCCUUUGGAGAAAAGCUGAAGGACAAGGUCACCGGCACCACUCACGAAGAGCGUGUCCGUGAUCGAGCGCGGAGAGAAGAAGAGGAGCGACGGUACUAUGAGGCACAUCUCAAACUCCGCCAGGCAAUGCAGAAAGCUCAAAUGACUGGUCAGCCGCAAUUUUUCGCCAAAGACAAAGAUGGCAAAGACAUCUACAUCGAACCUCCUAGCGGACCUGGGUAUGGAUAUGGCGGCUAUGGUGCCAGAGGCUAUGGAGUUAAUCCCUUUGCCCAAGGUCCCUACUACGCCAAUCCGAAUGUUAGAGUCAUUCGCCCGACCUACCCUUAUAACCGACCCUAUGGCCAAUACGGCGGCGGCGGUGUCGGUUUGCCAAUUGCAGGAGGCUUGCUAGGCGGCAUGCUUCUUGGAGGACUAUUGUUCUAG